CCCCUACCCUGCUCCGGCGCGGCCCGGCUCGGCCCCAUGUACCGCGCGCUGUACGCAUUCCGCUCGGCGGAGCCCAACGCGCUGGCGUUCGCCGCAGGCGAGACUUUCCUGGUGCUGGAGCGCAGCAGCGCGCACUGGUGGCUGGCGGCGCGGGCGCGCAGUGGCGAGACGGGCUACGUGCCGCCCGCCUACCUGCGCCGCCUGCAGGGCCUGGAGCAGGAUGUCCUUCAAGCCAUUGACCGGGCCAUUGAGGCUGUGCACAAUGCAGCCAUGCGGGAUGGUGGCAAGUACAGCCUGGAGCAGCGUGGAGUCCUCCAGAAGCUGAUCCACCACCGGAAAGAGACUUUGUCCCGCAGGGGCCCCUCUGCCUCCAGCCCUGUAGCUAUGACCCCGUCCACCAGUGACCACCAUCUGGACGCUGCCGCUGCCAGGCAGCCCAAUGGGGUGUGUCGGGCCGGGUUCGAGCGGCAGCACAGCCUGCCCAGUUCUGAGUAUCUCGGGCCAGACGGAGGCCUCUACCAGAUUCCACCACAGCCUCGCCGAGCGGCACCUGCCACACCACCCCCACCUGUGAAGCGUCGAGACCGUGAGGCUCUGGCAGCCUCAGGGAGCGGCGGCCGCAACGCCACGCCCUCCGGGGGCAGUUCUGUGUCCAGCGGCUCCUCAGUCAGCAGCACUUCCCUUGACACGCUCUAUACUGGCUCCAGCUCAUCCGAGCCGGGCCCCAGCUGCUCACCCACACCUCCGCCUGUGCCCCGGCGAGGCACCCAUACCACUGUGUCCCAGGCCCAGCCCCCUCCCUCCAAGGUGCCAGCCCCCGAGCCUCCUACAGAGGAGGUGGCAGUUGAUACCCCCUCGGCUCCUGAUGAGCUAGAGGCCCUGGGUACGCUGAGCCUGGGGACCACAGAGGAGAAGGCGGUGGCUGAGACAGCCGUGCCCAGGACCAUCGGGGCAGAGCUGAUGGAGCUCGUGCGGAGAAACACCGGCUUGAGCCACGAGCUGUGCCGCGUGGCCAUUGGCGUCGUGGUGGGCCACAUCCAGGCCUCCGUGCCAGCCAGCUCACCUGUCAUGGAGCAGGUCCUCCUCUCGCUGGUAGAGGGCAAGGACCUGAGCACUGCCCUGCCCUCAGGGCAGGUCUGCCAUGACCAGCAGCGGCUAGAGGUGAUCUUUGCAGACUUGGCUCGGCGAAAGGACGAUGCCCAGCAGCGCAGCUGGGCCCUGUACGAGGAUGAAGGUGUCAUCCGCUGCUACCUGGAGGAGCUACUGCACAUUCUGACUGACGCAGACCCUGAAGUGUGCAAGAAAAUGUGCAAGAGAAACCAGUUCGAGUCUGUGCUGGCCUUGGUGGCCUACUACCAAAUGGAGCACCGGGUGUCACUGCGGCUGCUGCUCCUCAAGUGCUUUGGUGCCAUGUGCAGCCUAGAUGCAGCCAUCAUCUCCACUCUUGUGUCAUCUGUGCUGCCUGUGGAGCUGGCACGGGACAUGCAGACAGACACGCAGGACCACCAGAAGCUCUGCUACUCCGCCCUCAUCCUGGCCAUGGUCUUCUCCAUGGGGGAGGCGGUGCCAUACGCACACUAUGAGCACCUGGGCACACCCUUCGCCCAGUUCCAGCUGAGCAUCGUCGAGGACGGGCUGCCCUUGGACACCACCGAGCAGCUGCCGGAUCUGUGCAUGAACCUGCUUCUGGCUCUCAACCUGCACCUGCCAGCCCCUGACCAAAACGUCAUCAUGGCCGCCUUGAGCAAGCACACCAAUGUCAAGAUCUUCUCCGAGAAGCUGCUCUUGCUGCUGAACAGAGGCGAUGACCCUGUGCGCAUCUUCAAACACGAGCCGCAGCCGCCGCACUCCGUCCUCAAGUUCCUGCAGGACGUGUUUGCCAGCCCCAGCACAGCCGCCAUCUUCUACCACACGGACAUGAUGGCGCUCAUUGACAUCACCGUGCGGCACAUCGCGGACCUGUCGCCUGGAGACAAGCUGCGCAUGGAGUACCUCUCCCUGAUGCAUGCCGUGGUCCGCUCCACGCCCUACCUGCAGCACCGUCACCGGCUCCCUGACCUGCAAGCCACACUGCGGCGCAUCCUGACCGAGGAGGACACCUCGCCCCAGUGCCAGAUGGACCGCAUGAUUGUCCGAGAGAUGUGCACGGGGUUCCCAGUGCUGGGCGAGGCUCCCAGCUAGCGUCUCCUCCCCCACUUCCCUGCAGCCCCGGGCAGGGUGCGCUCCCCAGCCCCUGCCCUGCAGCCCUGGGCAGGGGCAGGGGACUUGGGGCUUGGCCCUAAGAAUGUGUUGCACUGACAGUGUGAGUGGGGUAGGGGUGGAAGGGACCUGAGCAGGGGCCCCCUGGGGUAGGGGUGGAAGGGACCUGAGCAGGGGCCCCCACCUGAAGUAGGGCUAAUGCGAGGGGCCAAGUGCAGGAUUGGGGACCACGUUCUGGGAGCAGUGCUGGGGCAGAGGGAAUGUGUGAGCUGAAGCCCCUCCAUCUCCCGGUAGCUGCCUCUUCAGCAUGCCCCCCCACCCCCCGCCCCAUAUACACAUGCACACUCAGAGUCCUGCUGCUGCUCCCGGCUGGGCCAGAGCCCCCAUCCCCCCAGCCUGGUCUGUGUCCUGGGCUUCAGGAAGCCAUGUCCUUGGGGUGAGGGGAGACCUCCCGCCAGCUCUAUUCUUUGCCUUAGCUUUGUGCUCCCUUUGCUCCCACCCCUGGGGCCUCGGCCAAGCUGCUGCUUUGAAAGCAGAAUCUUGGACGCAGGCCACCCAUCCUUGAGCCUCACAGAAUGGUGUGAUGGCAUCCAGAAAGCCAAUGACAGAAUCUAUUUUCUCUGUAAAAACGUAGACUGAAAAGCCAUGUGUAUUUUCCUAUGUGCUGUAGCUCACCUUUGGAAAUAAAUCACAGGCCUCUGGAAA